AUGCAACUGUGCUGUGAAUCUGUAAAUGGCUCUUGCAUAAGGAGCAGUUGGUCAAACAGUAUCUGUGUUUCCAUGAAUAUCUUCAUGGUUUGCAUUAUUCUGCCCACCCUAGUUGGAAAUUUAAUGGUUAUCAUCUCAAUAUCACAUUUCAAGCAUCUCCAUACACCUACCAAUUUCCUGAUACUUUCUAUGGCUACAGUGGACUUUCUGCUGAGAUUCCUCAUCAUAGCUUGCAGCAUGGUGCGCUCUGUUGAGCACUGCUGGUAUUUUGGGGAGCUCUUCUGCAAGAUCCACACAAGCAUGGACAUUAUGCUGAGCACGGCUUCCAUCUUCCAUCUUUCCUUCAUAUCCAUCAACCUUUACUAUGCUGUGUGUGACCCUCUAAGAUACAAAUCAAAGAUAAAUACUUUUGUUAUCCUUGUCAUGAUAUUCGUAAGUUGGAUGGUCCCUGCAGCUUUUGCUUUUGGGAUUAUCUUUCUAGAUCUAAAUUUGCAAGGGGCAAAAGAGUUUUAUAAUCAUGUCCACUGUGCAGGAGGAUGCUGUGUCAUUUUUAGUGAAACUUCAGGUGUUGUGGCCUCCAUAGUGUCUUUUUACAUCCCUGGAUUUGUUAUGAUGUACAUCUAUCAGAAAAUAUACUCUAUAGCCAAGAGGCAAGCAAGAUCCAUUGAUGCAAUUAGCCAAAAAAAAAGGCAAUUUGAAAUGAAGCACCACAUUUCAUUAUGCAGAGAAAGGAAAGCUGAAAAGACAUUAGGCAUAAUAAUAGGAGUGUUUCUCAUCUGCUGGAGUCCAUUCUUCUUCUUUACAGCAACCAAUCCAUUUAUGAAUUAUGUGGUACCUCCUGUUCUCAUUGAUGCUUUAGUUUGGUUUGGUUAUUUAAAUUCUACAUUUAACCCAAUUGUUUAUGCAUUUUUUUACAUGUAGUUUCACAGGGCAUUAAAGAUGAUUCUGUUUGGAAAAGUUUUUCAACAGAACUCUUCCAGGACUCAUUUGUUUUCAGAGUAA